CUGGCUGCGCGCGCAGGCCCAGAGGCGUUUCCGUCCGCCAUUGCAGGGAUGGCGGGGUCUCUCGGCGGGAUGUUCUCCGGGCAGCCACCCGGUCCCCCGCCGCCCCCGCCGGGGCUCCCAGGCCAGGCGUCGCUUCUGCAGGCAGCGCCUGGGGCUUCGAGACCGUCCAACAGCACUUUGGUGGACGAGUUGGAGUCGUCAUUCGAGGCUUGCUUUGCUUCUCUUGUGAGUCAGGAUUACGUCAAUGGAACUGAUCAGGAAGAAAUUCGAACUGGUGUUGAUCAGUGUAUCCAGAAGUUUUUAGAUAUUGCAAGACAGACAGAAUGUUUUUUCUUACAAAAAAGGUUGCAGUUGUCUGUCCAGAAACCGGAUCAAGUUAUCAAAGAGGAUGUCUCAGAACUAAGGAGUGAACUGCAGCGGAAAGAUGCGCUGGUCCAGAAGCACUUGACAAAACUGAGGCAUUGGCAGCAGGUGCUGGAGGAUAUCAAUGUGCAGCACAAAAAGCCAGCGGAAAUGCCACAGGGCUCCUUGGCCUACCUUGAGCAAGCAUCUGCCAAUAUUCCUGCACCUCUGAAGCAGACCUGAGAGCACUCUGGGCUGCCAUGCAGCCUUGUGAUCCUGCCAGGCACCUUUCCUUCUAGACAUGCUGUAUUGGAGGGACUCUGUGGGGUAGUGCCAUGGUGUUAGAGUAUGUUCUGCCCAUUUUUAUGAUUUCUUUAUUAUUUAUAAGGUAGGAUUUAAAUAGGAAGCCAGGGCUGACCUUGAACCUACGAUUCCCCUGCCUCAGCUUCUCUAGUUCUCUUACCUUAUAAAAUACCUGAAGCUUUGAUAAACCAGGUAAAGUUU